UUGCUUUUCCGCUCUUCCUUCAAUUCGCUCUUUUCCGCUCUUCGACUUUUUGUCCACACACUUCCACACCUCACUUCAUUGACCACAUUUUGAGCAGCACAGCCAGAGAUCAGCUCGUUGUGUGUGUGUGAUAGUCGAGUGAACGGAGCUUGAGUGACUGUGUACAGCAGAGCAGCACAAAUCGUAAAAAAUCCCUUUGUGAGAAAUUGAACAGCCAUGGACGAGCACAUCUAUGUCGUGCCGCGGCCAGCACGGAGCCGCGCCGGGUCGAGUGCCAGCGUGGGAGGCGCAGGAGGAGCAGCCUCGCGAGGGCAUCCGAGGCCAUCGCCACUCAGCAGCAGCAGCAGCGGCAGUCGCAGCCAUCGAAGCAACUCGAGUUUGAAUGAGUCUUCCGACGCAAACCAGGAGCAGCAGGACCACCAGGCCACCGACGACGACCACAAUCACGAGCAUGGGCACGAGCACGAGCACGACGCGCACGACUACCAGAGCGACGGCGCAGACUCGUUCGCAGACGACCUCGACAGCCUCGGCGACGGCGACGCAGGCGAUUCAGGCGAGGACGGCUACAUUACGCUCCCGCUCUCCCGCCAAGCAGCCGUCGCGUGGAUGGAGUCACUCCUCGGCGAAGACGAUCCAGUCGUCAGGUCGAUCGGACUCGCCACCCCAGCGCCCAUCAAGCGCAGACUGCAGGAUGGCGUCUUGCUGUGCCGCCUAUUCAACGCUCUCGCGCCAGACCACGCAAUCGCCAUUGACCAGGCACACUUGGACGCACUCGCGCUCGCUGCGCCCCUCCAUGCAGACUCGGAAGAUGAUGCCGAGUUUUACGGGCAUGUCGACGCAGACACUCGGCGAGCGUAUCUCGACGCAUUCUUGCACGCGACCGUGGAGCACUUGCAAAUGGCUCCAUCAGACCUCUUCACAGCCGAAGACUUGCAGGAAGGGCGACUGUCGCGCGUCUUGCACAUGCUCAAUGCUCUGACCGCCCACGGUGGCAAGCAGCCUGCGCUGGCGCCCACCGUGCCUCGCCCCAUUUCCGUGGCCUCCGAAUCCGGUCCCGAGAAUGACGUAGACGAGGACGAGCAAGUGGCUGAGGAGGACGAAGAAGACAAGCAUCUGUCCGAAGAGGAACGAGCGGCCAAGAGGCGAGCAAAAAAGCGCUCCAUGAUUGUGGCAGAGCUGCUUGCGACUGAAAAAUCGUACAUUCAAGAUCUUAAAAUGCUCAUUGAGGGCUACAUGGUUCACAUGGCCAACAACGACAAGGUGACACCAGAGACGCGAACCGUACUAUUUGGCAAUUUGCCAGAGCUAUUGGAGUGCAAUACUGCGUUUUUGGCCCUGCUAGAGCAACAUACCACAGAGACAUUCGCAACCUUGGGUCUUGCCUUUGUUGAAAUGGAGGAGCAAUUCAAGUUGUACACGCAUUAUUGCAUCAAUCACCCUCUAGCCGUGGCUACGUUGCAGCAACUCUUGGCUGAUCCUCCGUUUGCCGCCUUUUUGACUGCUUGCAAAUUGCUCCUUGGACAACAACUGGACUUGUCUGCCUACCUGCUCAAGCCUGUCCAACGCAUUCUCAAAUAUCCUUUGCUCCUGAAUGAACUCCUCAAACAAUCUCGCGAAGAGGACGACACAGAGUUUUGGGGCAACUUGCACAGCGCCAUUCAGGUGAUGAACAAUGUCGCCCACUGGAUUAAUGAGCAGCAACGCAUUUCCGAGAUGAUUGCAAUGAUUCGCGAUCUCCAAUCUCGACUCAUUGGAUGGGAUGGCGGGGAUCUGCUCGAACUCGGACGGUUGCUCGAAAAAGGCAUGUUCAAGGUCGUGGACAUGCGCAAGCAACGGCACGACCGCAUGCUGUUCCUGUUUGAACGCGGUCUUAUCUUUGCCAAGCAAAAGGAGAAGGACGUCUAUACUUUCAAGGAGUUUAUCGAAAUUUCCAAGCUGGUCGUGAACGACACACCGCAAAUCGAGGGCGUUGACGUGAGCAGCAUGUUUGAGGUCACGCGCAGCGACAACCGCAGGGUGUACUUUGGAGUGACAUGCAAGUCGGACGAGGACAAGCAGUGGUGGGUGUCCAUGCUGGAGCAGCUGGUGCUGGACGACAUGAAGUCCUUCCUCACCAAGAAGGCCAAGGGCGGCUUUUUGCUGUCCUCGCAGCCAAUCUCGUCGACGCUCGCGCAUGCAGUCCCGAUUUCACAGAUGAGCGUGCCCAGCAAGCCGAUGAGCGGCGUUACUUCGCCAGGCUACCUCAGUUCCUCCUUCCCGCUUGGCGGCAUCAGCCUGCUCUCCCCUGUCUCCAGCACAGACAAGCUGGAAAAGUCGGCCACCGGAUCGACGUCAGGCUCUGCAACUCCGCUCGUGUCUGCGCCCCCUGGUCAGGUGGCUGGCGUGAAAAAGUCUGGUCUGAGCAAGCAGGGAUCCUUCUUGCACGGUCUUCUCAAGCGCGGUCGCGGCUCGACAGAUGACGACUCGUCGGUUGAGAACGGCUCGCCUCUUUCUCCGACUGGCUCAGCGACCGCCUUCCCGCCAUCAUCGUUGCGACGCGAGCAAUCACUGCCCAACGGUCCGAAAGGUCCGGCGCCAAUGUCCAUGCUGGCAACUGCCGCGGCGGCCGCUGCAGCAGCUGCAUCCACAACAUCCUCGCCGUCGUCCACCACGACAUCGCCAGGACUCGCGCCCCAGCCAACACUGCGACUCAAACCACCCCCGCUUCCUGGGUCGCGGCCUUCUGCUGAAGCAUCUGUCACCGUCGACGAUUUGAGCAUGAAAAGUCCAAUCGCUAUUGUCCAGGAGAGCGAGCGUGGCCGCAAACGUUCGCUGUCGACUUCCAGUGUCGGAACGCGUAGCGACUCGCGUACUGGCAGCAUCAGCGAGCGUCCGUCGUCGCAGUCACGCUCCAUGUCGACGGAACAAGAGGCGAGCGAUCCGUCGUCGACCUCGCCGACGCCCUCGUCAGUACCUUCAACGCCGCUGACACCCACUUUCCGCACCAGCAUGGACGACACGGGCCAAUCCCUCAAGCCUGCCGUGCCUCGUCCUUCGCGCGCCGCACCAGCUGCGCCAGUGUCAAAGGGCGUGUCCCCCGUGGCGACCCCGCUUCCACCAGUCACUUUGCAGCUGCAAGAAGCUGUGGACGACGAAUCCGAUCUCUCGGAAGCGUCCAGUUCGAGCUCUGACGCGACGUCCACCCUGCAGUCGGUUGUCUCUCCCUCCGCCAUCCGCAAAGCCGUUCCUCCCGUCCCAGGAGGUGGCGUCACCAAGCCUCCUCCGGCCGCACCAUCGUCUGCUCCCCCCUUUGUCUCUACUACUCUGCCCAAGGUGGCGGCCAAGCCGCCAGCUGCCGCACCCGCGCGACCCGUUCCAACCGCCCCUGCAACCCUUGCACCGAAGCCUGCUAUGGCAGCAGCCUCCUCCGUGUCUCCAACCGCAUCUGGUCUUAAUCCUCCAAACCUCCCACCCAAGCCGUCCGUCUCGCCCAAACCUGCUGCUGCUGCUGCUGCUGCUGCUGCUGCUGCUGCUGCUGCUGCGGCAGGCCCUGCUCCCAAACCCCUCACAUCAGAGCCCCAUUCACAAGAAGAAACAAGUGCUCCGGCUGAGACCGCUCCGCCGUCAUCGAAUGGCGCAAGUGCUCGCCACCCUGUCGGCCCGAAACCUUUGCGCAUGUCUCCGGCUGCCGCGCUUGCAGCAAGCCAUGCGGCGGACACUGAUGCCGCCAAGAGCAACGGAGAUGCUGUUGAGAGUGCACCGCAUCCCAAACCCGCACUUGCACCAAAGCCGACAUCCGCCCAAGUCGCCAUUGCCGACAAGCGCCGCUCUGGACACAGUCGACCGGCUUCCGGCACGUUGGGCAAAACAGUCGGCUCGCGCCCUUCAAGCAGCAGUCGGUCGAGUGGUUUGAAUAGUUCGCACCCGGCAGCCUCCGCGUCUGGCGUGAAUUCCCACUCACAUGACGCGGCUACUGCGGCAAAUGCAGCGGCCGCGACGGGCUCUCACUUCCAUACAAAAGUGACUGUGCCAGCUGGAGCAGCCGCGUCUACUCUUCGCCCCAAACCAACCGGACGACCUCGAUCCAUUGUUCGUACCCACGGGAACGCAGAACAUGCACCCACUGCUUCCGAGCCAACAGACAGCGCUCCCGCCUCCGCCGCCUCCACUGCAACAACCAAACCUGCCGCUCCGCCACCAAAGCCCGUUCCCAGCCUGGGUGUCAAGCCCCCGCCCACGCUUGUGCCCAAGCCGACGCCUGCGCCAGCCAAGCCCGUUGCCGAAACUCCUGCCAUUCCGGACAUGCCAAAGCUCGCCGACAUCCCCAAGCCCAACUUGAUCGGUCUUGCGGGAGGCAAGCCGCCGCCGAAAGCCCUUCCGUCCAAGGCCCCGCCCGCUCAGCCUCUGUCGGCCCCGAAGGACGUGGCACAUGGUGCAGGCGCAAACCCGCUGAAAUCCGUGUCCGCUACCUUGCCCAAGCUGUCGACAUCAGGCUCGUCGCCUCACGGCAACAAGUUUGCAACCAUUUCUGCCUCCGCCGGCCUGACCAAGGCAUUCCUUGCCGAAGUCAAAGCUGGCUCAGACGGAGCGUCCAGCUCUGAAAGCCAGUCUUCGGCCGCUUCAAUCACUUCGCCGACAAUGACCAAAGCAAAGGUGCCUCUGCUUCCUCCCGGCAAGCCUCGUCCAGCUGGCCCUCCUGUGCCCGGCAAGCCCUAAGGAGCCAAUCUCUUGUUUGUUUCUGCUGUUCCCCCCCCCCUCGCUUUAUAGGAUACUGUUUCCGUAUCUUGUUUUUGUUUUGACUACAUCUUACUUUUUGUUUCGAUGCGUUCGUGCGACUGUUUUUUUUUGCAUCGUUGUUUUGCUUUCCAACAUCCUUGGC